ACUCCGACAGUUUGUUGAUCCACGGUUGUACUCUGUACCCGUUUGCUUACCAUACUUGACUCACGGGUAGUUCCAACAAAACACUAUGAGCAUCGCACUAGGUGGCGAUAAUAAAGUGCGUCCCAGUAAAUUGACAGAAGUUGAAGAUGGCAAGACGGGAGAUCAGAAUGCCAACACUACCAAUGCCAAGACUCAGCAUGGAACAGAAGAAAUUAGAAAUAACAGAUGCUGUACAAAGUGCAUCGGAGGCAACUGUAAAUUCGCCAUCAUGUUUGGCGGCAUUGCAACGUCGUUAUCUCUCAUCAUAAUAAUUAUCGUUGUCGUUAUCAUGUCAACAAAGGGAAACGGUGAAGUACCUAUUCCACCCCGUACCACUACGACCGACGUUACGAUGGACUACGAAAUAAAUGCUAGUACCAUUACUGGUAUCAAUGCGUUGGCAUUUACAAAUACGCCAUACUACGUCACAACUGACACUAAUGCGUUGACAUUCAUAAAUACUCCACACUACGCCACAACUAUAGAAACAACAACUUUGACAGAUGAUUCCAACAACUCAUAUAACUACACGGAUGCUCUGUACAAGUCUAUACUCUUCUACGAAGCACAGCGAUCAGGCACAUUACCACCGACCAACAGAAUACCCUAUCGAGGAGAUUCCGCGUUAGAUGACAUGGGACUUAACGGUGAAGAUUUAACGGGUGGCUGGUAUGAUGCCGGUGAUCACAUCAAGUCAACGUUCCCGAUGGCGUUCAGUGUCGCGGUUCUCAGCUGGGGUUAUCUGGAAUUCAAGGAUGCAUACGAAGAAGCCGAUGAAACGCAGAAUAUGUUGGAUUGUAUCAGAUGGGGGACAGACUUUAUAUUAAAAGCACACACAGCAUCGAACGAAUUGUAUGUGCAAAUUGGCACCGUCUCACUUGAUCACACAUACUGGGGACGCCCUGAAGAAAUGACAAUGGAUAGACCAGCCUUCAGAAUUAACUCAACAUCGCCGGGGAGUGAUGUUGCAGGCGCAACAGCGGCUGCUCUUGCUGCAUCUUCAAUGGUAUUCGCAGACACAGACCCAGACUAUGCAGCAUUACUUCUCAAUGAAUCAAGAGAACUAUUUGAAUUCGCCGACACAGAACGAGGUUUUUAUCGAGAUUCCUUCUUCGACUCUGAGAUAGGGGACCUGAUUUAUACUUCAGGAAGCAAGUACAAUGACGAGAUAUCGUGGGCUGCGAUAUGGUUAUAUAAAGCAACCGGAGAGGAAAUAUAUCUAAAUAAAUCAGUAACUGAAUUAGAAAAUAUGGCCAGUGGACGUCCCUGGUCAUUUGCCUGGGCGCAGGUUGAUGCAGGUGUACACUUACUUUUAUACAACUUGACUGGUGAUCCCUCGGGCGAUUAUUUGAAAAAAAUAACCAAAUUUCUGGAUGGCUGGUUACCAGAUGGAGUCGUGUCUUACACGCCAAAGGGACUUGUGUUCCGACAUUUCUGGGGGUCUCUUCGAUACGCAGCCGGCACAGCGUUCAUUGCAUUGAUAGCAGCUGAGAAUGGGAUAAAUGCCGAAACAUACCGACAAUUUGCCAAAGACCAACUUCACUAUAUACUGGGAGACUCGGGACGUAGUUAUGUAUGCGGAUUUGGAAACAAUCCUCCAGUUUACCCUCACCACCGGAGCAGUUCGUGUCCCGAUUUACCAGCUAAUUGUAACUGGGGCACUUUCAACAGUUUGGAUCCCAACCCACAAGUACUCUAUGGCGCUAUGGUAGGUGGACCCUAUGAGGAAGACGACUACGAAGAUGACAGAGAGGACUACUAUAAAAACGAAGUAACAUUAGACUACAACGCUGGUUUCCAUUCAGCAAUAGCAGGUAUGUUACACCUUGAAAUGACCAACCAAUUACCAUGAAGUGCAAUACAAAACACAGAAGUAGAGGUUAUUGUAGCUGAUUGAAGUUUUCCUGACUUUAUUUCAUUCUGAAAUUUUUCAAUUGUUCUGUGUGAACGUGUGUGGACAUAUAGCGAUACAACACUAA